AUGAUGAACUACAGUGACGCCUACGACUGCAAUUCGGUGCUGGGGGACCUGGGGUCGGCAGCAGUACCGCCCUGGUCUCCGUCCGCCAUAAACGCGUACUGCACCGUGAUACUCAUACUGUCACUUGCAAUAAUAGCCGGCAACUGUUUGGUGAUUUUUGCAGUUGCCAAAUUCCGCAAACUUCAGAACCGCACAAACGCGUACAUCGUGUCGCUGGCGUUUUCAGACAUCAGUCUGGCGGUCCUGGUGUUGCCUCUGCACCUCUACGAAUCGUGGAACAGACGGUGGGGUCUUCCCCUGUGGAUGUGUCAGGUAAGAGUGGUUGUGGACACAAGCAUGGUUCAUAUUUCAGUGUCCAGUCUGUGUGCCUUGGCAGCAGAGCGAUACUUGGCCGUCUGUCAUCCAUUCACACACGCGAAGGUGACCACCAGAAUCACCACCGUCAUCAUCGCCUUGUGCUGGGUCGUUCCAAUCGCCAUCUGGGUCACAUACGACGCCAGCGGCAGGCGCUACGUUGGUAUCGAAGACAUGAUGUACUGUCUGUUCCAAGCCGGCAACUGCGUGUAUCUUCUGAACCAGUAUGACUAUUAUUUUCCUGUUACGUUUGUAUUCUUGAUCCCAUUGACUGUUAUCGGCAUUACAUACGGGAAAAUAUUUGCCACGGCACGGAGGCACGCUCUUGCGAUACAAGCCUUGCUCGACACUGAGGAACAAAGGAAGAAGAACAGAGAUUACCUGGGCAACACCAAAGCUGCCAGGAUCCUGGGCAUCGUUGUGGCUUGUUUCGUGAUCUGUUGGAUGCCUGUCAAUAUCGCCUUUGUAAUCGACACGGUGAUUGACUACGAGAUUCUGUCCCCCGUAAUUGCCCAGGUGCUGUCGUGGCUGGGCUAUCUGAACUCGAUGAUGAAUCCCAUAUUAUACUACAUAUUCAGCCAGGAUUUUAAAAUAGCCUUCAAAACCAUCUUCGGCUGCAAGACGGUAACGACGGACUUGGGGCCAGUGCCGACUGGAUGA